AAAGCAACAAAAGUGAACCCCGUUUUUUUAGCGCAAAGCACCAGGACACCCUUGCAGUGUUUCCGUUUCCCAGCCGUCACACACAGAUAAUGCUCCAACAAAAACCGUAAAAAACCCUAACCAUCGCCGUCGCCGCCGCACAACCACCGCCAUGUCCUCCGCACUUCCACUUCUCCGAUCAAAACUCCGUCCGCUCACGAGCGCCGCACUCACUGCCGUCUCCCUCUCCUCUCUCCGCCACGUCACCCCCUCCCUCCCUCACCACCACCACCCCCUAGGGUUAGGGUUAGGUUCUCUAUUUCCCCGGCACAAAUACGAAGGCAGCUCCGACAAUUUCGAUCAGAUACGCGCCGAAUUGAAAUGUCCACGUUGCGCCAAGCUGAUGUACGUGUUGUUCUCGAACCGGCCGCUGUCGAUUACGAAGAGUGAGGUAGGCAUCUACCAGGCGCUGAACGUGUGUCGAAAUUGUCGGACCGCGUUCUAUUUUAGGCCGGUUAAGUUGGAGCCGUUGGAGGGGAAUUUUAUCGAGAUUGGGAGAGUCAAGGGGUAUGAUGAGGAGGGGGAGAGUGGGAAGGUGGGGGGUAAAAUGUGGGAGAAGUUGAGGGAGUAUGGGAGUGAGGUUGUUGAGAAAGCGGAGAAAGUGGAGGGGGAGAGAGUUGUUAAGGAGUGUGGUGGAGAGGACGAGAAGUGGGCUGGGGGGAAUGUAGGGAGGGAGUUGUUGACGCCGAAGGAGAUAUGUAGAGGACUUGAUGAGUUUGUUGUCGGGCAAGAGAGAGCGAAAAAGGUACUUUCUGUGGCAGUCUACAACCACUACAAAAGAGUGUACCACGGGGAGUUUGAUGCAGAGCCUGAUAAUGCUGGACUAGAUAAUGACGAAAAUGAUUAUGUUGAGCUAGAAAAAAGUAAUGUAUUGCUCUUGGGCCCGACUGGCUCAGGAAAGACAUUACUUGCUAAAACGCUUGCUCGUGUGGUAAACGUGCCCUUUGUGAUUGCUGAUGCAACAGCACUAACACAGGCAGGUUUUGUUGGAGAGGACGUAGAAUCAAUAUUACACAAACUUCUCACGGUUGCUGACUUUGAUGUAGAGGCUGCUCAGCAAGGGAUUGUCUAUAUUGAUGAAGUGGAUAAGAUAACGAAGAAGGCUGAUAGUUUGAAUACCGGUAGAGAUGUGUCUGGGGAAGGAGUUCAACAGGCGCUGCUAAAAAUGCUGGAAGGGACUAUUGUUAAUGUUCCAGAUACCAGGGCUCGGAAGCAUUCUCGCGGUGAUACUAUUCAGAUUGAUACAAAAAAUAUCCUUUUUAUAUGCGGUGGAGCAUUUAUUGAUUUGGAGAAGACCAUUUCUGAGAGACGAGAAGAAUCAUCCAUUGGUUUUAGAGCUCCUAUUCGGGCCAAUAUGAGAGUGGCUGGACUAACUAAUGCUGUAGUGACAUCAUCGUUACUGGAAUCUGUUGAAACUGGUGAUCUUAUUGCUUAUGGACUCAUUCCUGAAUUUGUUGGUAGGUUUCCUGUUCUAGUGACUUUAUCUGCUCUGGAUGAGGAUCAACUUGUUCAGGUCCUUAAAGAACCCAAAAAUGCUCUGUGUAGACAGUAUCGGAAAAUGUUCAGUAUGAACAAUGUUAAGCUACAUUUUACAGAUGAUGCUCUGAGAAUAAUUGCAAAGAAAGCAUUAUCUAAGAACACCGGGGCGCGAGGCUUGAGAGGAAUACUUGAAAAUAUUCUAGUGGAGGCAAUGUUUGAGAUUCCUGAUGCUAAAAUGGGUGAAGACCGUGUGGAUGGGGUGGUUGUUGAUGAAGAUUCCGUAAGAUCAGUGGGCAGAUCAGGAUGCGGAGCUAAAAUUCUUUAUGGAGAUAAUGCUCUGGAAGAAUAUCUUUAUCAGUGGAAACCAGAAGACGAGAUGGGAGCAGCAGCAGUCAAGGAAGUGCACGAGGUGGAGCAAGAGGUUCUAAAAAGAGCAAUGAGCUUGUAAACUUGUUGUCACUGUUUUAAGCCAACAAGCUCGUAUCUUAUUUUUGCCCUGGUGUAUAUAUUUGUUCAUAGAGAUGGUUUUCCUUGAUUUCAUAAACUAACAAGAGUUGAAGUGUCUGGUGUAUCAUAGCUGGUAGAUUAUUGUGCGCGGAUGAUGCGUGUAAUAUAAUAUAUUUGGUUCUCAUUAGAUUGACAAUGCAAUUAAUACAGCUUUUUUUUUCUUA